ACCAUCUCAAUCAAGUUAACGAGUCACAACCCGCUGGACAGAUCACUACUCGUUCAUACAGCAGUUUCGUUGGCGUAUCAGACAGAUCGUGGUAUAACCAAUCUCAGUGGUUUCCUCUUUUAAACUCAUCAAUCCUUUUAUUUUUUUCUAAACCCAAUUUUGCGACAACGUUAGUCUGUUACACUCAGGCUUCUAACGUGCUACCCAAAAGGGUCUUACCCUCCACGCUGCAACAGUUCACAACCCCGACAGUGAAGACUUGUCUCACAAAAAAAAAAAAAGUGACAACGCCGUGCAUUAACGUGAGAACUGGCAAAACUAUAAAUCAUUGUUGUCGCUGCCGUAACUUUUCUUUUGGAAGUUUUGGAGCAAUGCUUUACCCCGAUUGGCUGCUUGACAUACGCGUUCAAAAUGAGCUCCGAGGUCUGCCCUUUCUGUGGGAAAACUUACAAAAGGUUGAAGAGUCACCUGCCACAUUGCAAGGCAGCCGCGAACUCCAAAACACCUCCAACCGAACAUCGAGUCAAAACGAAUCAGGCGACAUCUUCCUCUCAGCUGGUUGCGGGCUCCCCUGAACCAACAGCAAAGGGCAAAAAGUCCUCACAGACACUGUCGGUGGCUGCGAGUCCACAGUCGAAGAAGAGCACAAAGGUGUCUGCGGUGUCAGCCGCGGCACCACGGUCGUCCUCACCAGCAACGCCUUCCAAGAGCGCGAACACGUCGUCCUUGUCACAGUCCUUGUCCCCGAGUUCUACACCACUUCCACCAUCAGCUAAGAAGAAGAAACAGAAGCUGUCCGAACAAAUCAAGAUGGCCAGCUCGCCCUCCUCUCCCACCACCUCCCUCAUCUCCUCCCCAGCGCUAUCUCCGUCUCCACGUCCCACCAUCCCUAAGCCAAAAAAGAUGAGUCUCCGCGCUCUGAUAGAAGCUGCAAAGUCUGACCGAGUUACUAAGGGAUCACGGGAAGAAACUGGAUCUGCCUCGGGAGGCCUGCCCUCAGGUUCAACUCAGUUUUUAACAGACCCUCUGAGGCCCAGAAGCACAGCACAGACGGAGACCAACAUUAUUCCAGAAAACGCCAGUUUUCUAUCUCUGUCCACAGACACUAAACUCAAAGAUGCCCCUAAAAAGAAGGUGUCGAAGACCAAGAAGGCUGCACAGUCUCUUUCCAGAACCAAAGAUACUCACUCUGACUCCCUGGCCUCUGAAAUAUAUGAAAGUAGCGCAAGACCCCAUGCAAGAGACAACUUCUGGGUGGACAACAAGGGGGAAGUUGAGGAUAUAUCUGUCAAUGAGAUGUUCUUAAAAUCCGGAAGUGGUCACCAGGCCAAGAUUACCAUCCAAGAUGUUAAGGCCACGUUAGGCCGAGCUAAAACCACCAGUCAGUCCAGCGGGGCGAGUGUCCUGAGCCGGGUUGAAACCACUGACAACCUAAGCAGCAAAGCCAGACUUGACACUAGUCUCAGUCCAGUGACAGUUCCGGCAGAGAACCGAAAAGAUGUUGCUGUCAGCUGCUUGGUAACAACUAAAACUCUUCUGUCUGACCAGCUGCCCGGCACCAGUUCAGAAGAUACGGAGAAAAAAGGUUCAGAGUCCAAACAAGCAUCUUUAAUCCCUCUGCAACAUGGUGGCUCCUCUCAGACCCAACUAAACUUCCCUGCAACUCCCCUCCUCUCUGGCCAUCUGUCGUCUCGGGUGAGCCAAGCUACACCUCUGCCACAUACAGUCAGCGUGACAGAGACGCUGAAGAUGGGCCGUCACGUGACAGAACCCCUCUCAAUAUCACCGUCGCCCAUUCAGCUUCCCGGUCCUCAUCUUUCCCCGCUUGUUCCACAAACUCUGCCGGCGAGGGUGGAGACGCUGAGAGCCGAUGACGGGUUGAAGCUUGAGAACAGGAAACAAAACACAGCUCACAAUCAAAGCGAAGGUGCUGUGGCACAGCGGAGUCUUGGACAGGUGAGACUGGGGGAGUUACCUGAGUGGCUGGCCUGCAAAGCCCCCGGCCAUCCAAGAGACGUCGUGAAAAUGGCGCAAAGAGGCUGGCGGUGGUAUUACAGGAGAUAUAUUGACGUGAAGAAAGGCGGUGUGGGUGGACUGGGCAUGCUGUUAGCAGGAUACUGUGUGCUCAGCUACACCUGGAGUUACCCUCAUAUAAAGCGUGAUCGCUGGAGGAAGUACCACUAAGGUCAAGGGAAGAUGUGUGGACAAGCGUGACUGUAUGUGGAAACAACAGCUGUGGCAGGAGGAGGGUUCAGUUUUCACACCUCAGUUUUUGCACAGAUUAAGCAAAACAAACAACCAAAAGAAAGACUUAACCUGUUAACUAGUGAGCUUUGGAGUUGCUGUUGUUAGAGACACUCUAGCUGUUUCCAGUCUUUAUGCUAAGCUAAGCUGACAGGUCCGCUGGCUGCAGCUUUAUAUUUAACUGACAAAUUUGGGCGUGGUAUCGAUGUUCAUAUCUAACUCUCAGCCAGACAUUGAUGAAGCGAAUUUCCCAAAACGUCAAACCAUUUCCUCAGAAACUACUGCUAUCAGAGUCGUAAUUCUGAUACUAGUAGUUUCAUUCUAAUUUGACUUGCACCUGCAAAGGGCAUCUGAAAGCCUGUGCGCACUACAUUGCAGUUCAUGUAAAUUAAGAUGUUUGACUUUCAUAUAAGUUUUAUUUAGCUAGUUAGUUAGCUCUGUCUUAUAUUAUUUCUAGAUUGGGAAUGAAAAUAUGCAUAGAGAGAGCUACUUAAAAUAUGUGUUAUUGGGGUUUGUUUUUUUGUGAGCAAAACCAGUUUUGGUCUCAGUUUGAGAAUCAAAAUAGUUUUGGUUCAUGAUGAGAGGAAAUAUGUUACAGUCCCGCUGUGUGUCCCAGGAGCUCCACUAGGUGUCAUUGUUGGGUUGCAUUAUGAAAACCAGAGGGGUCGGGCAUUCAAAUAUUUGCUAUGCAGAGUUUUCUUAGCUCCUUUGUGUGGAGGCAUUGGUUCUGGGGUCCAUGAGAGGAAUAAAGCGGGGGGGGCGCAUCGGUUUUUGACCUUGAUAAAAAAUCUCCCUCUGGAAGCCCAGAGGUAGGGAAACAUGAAAACUGAAACAUCCUGAUAUGAGUAUCCAUGGAAAGAUCCUAUCGGUUGUGCAGAGGGUGGCUAAUCUGUUUUUCUUUGGAAAUGCUUCCCCUGUCACAUGAUGUUGUUAUGCAUGCUCAGUCUGUCAGUGCCAGUGCCAGUGUGUGAACACUCACAGAAUAGUAAUGGAGGGAUGCUGGAGGAAGGUCUCAGCCGGACUGGACCAGUUUGUUAUUGUAUUCAAAAUGAAUUUAUUGUUGACUCUCCUUGCUGCUGUAGUGAACACACAUUAGCUACAAAUGAAGAAAUGACAGUUUUUUUUCUAAUGAUUUUUCCUGACGACGCCUCUUGGCCAACACAAUAAAAAAUAAUUUCCGUUUUC